AUGUCUGCUACGCAAAACCCUUCCAAGUCUUCCAAGAAGAAGGCGGCUCAUGCCAUUGAGCGCACCGAGUCGCCCGCUCCCAGCACUGGCUCGGGCGCCGCCGACAAGGCCAAUGACUCUCAGGACGAGGCGUUCGAGAGCCCCUACAUUAAGGAGCUCCAGAAGAACAUUCGCAACAUCAGCAAGAAGAUUACUCAUGCCUCCAAGACCGAUGCCCUCCUGAGCCAGCAUGCUGGAAAGACCCUCGACGAGCUUGUUGCCGCCAAGAUCAUCAAUGCGGACCAGAAAGCCCAGGUCCUGAAGAAGCCUGCUCUGCAAGCCCAGGUCACCCAGCUCGAGGAGCAGCUGGCCCAGUACCAAAAGGUCCACGAGCAGUACCGUGGCCGGGCCACGGCCGAAAAGGCCGAGUGGGAGAUGUCGCUGGAAAAGGCCAAGGCUGACGCAGUCGGCGAGGCCAAGGCCGAGUUCGCCAAGUCCCUCCGCGAUAACCUCCUUACCCUGUCACAGUUCCUCCGCCUCGCGGCGUACCGACGUGAAGAGGCCAAGGACCCCGAGUCGGACGAGAGCCAGGCGAUCGAGGGCGUGCUUCUGGCCAUCUAUUCUGGCGACGAUGGCGCCGUUGCGUCCAUGCUCAAGCUUAUCGAGGGCUCCGACGACCAGGUCCUGAGCGUCCCCGGAGAGCAGCUGCAGACGACUUACUCGAGCGUCAAGGCCCUCGCACGGGAGUACAAGACGCCCUUCUACGCCGAGGGAGGCCAGCCCGUCGAGUCGGAGCCCGCCCAGGAGGUCGUUUCCGACCCUACCAUGGCCAACGCCUCAGCGACCGAGAUUGCCGCUGGCGACGCCGCCAUCACUGAGCAGCAGCAGGCCACCGAGCCUGCUUCCAACGGCAUUGCGAACGCCAAUGUCACUGACGAAGCGGCCAAUGCCGUGGCCGAGAGCCAUUGGGACGGUGGAAACGACGCCGCCAUCUCCCAGGAGUGGGUAGAUGUCAAGGUUCCCCGCGAUCCUGCCGAGACGGAGACUGGCCUGACUGCCACGCCUGCUGCGGCGGCCAACACCCAGUCGUGGGCCGAUGACCAGCCUGAGCCCGUGUCCGAACCUGCCCCUGCUGCCGCUGCCGACCCCAACGAUGGCUUCCACCAGGUCCAGCGCAACCGCGGUCGACAGGACCGCGAAGGCGGCACCUGGCGUGGCCGCGGUCGGGGCGAGUACCGUGGACGCGGACGCGGUGACGGCCGUGGCCGUGGUCGUGGCCGUGGCAACGGCGGUGCGCCAUCCCGAGGCCCCCGCCGCUCCGAGGAGUCGUAG